UUCAACUCAUCAAAUAUCUCAUUGUCUUCCUAAAUCCUAAUCUCUCUCUGUCUCUAUGGAUCCACUCUCAGCUCUGCGGGAUUUCACAAUUCGAAACGACCUCGACAAGAUCGUCCGAAUCGGCGACGAGUUCCGCUUCGGCGGCGACUACUCCUUCCCAUGCGGCGUCGCCACCGCCUACCGCUCCAAACAGGGCAGCCUCUACUCCCUCGAAACCCUAAUCUACUUCGUCAAGAACCACCACCUCAAGCACACCGAUUACAUGCACAAUGCUCGCUCUCACAACCUCUCCGCCGUCACCUUCAUCGAUCGCAAACCCUUACUCGACUAUCUCCAAGGCAAAGUCUCCUCUUCCGACUCCAUCCAAUUCCUCGCCCCCCAAAACCCUAAAUUCACCUCUGACGAGUACCGCCCCGAAGACCCUAGCUUGAUCCAAAUCACCCCCAAUGACGACAACGAUUUCGAUGUCAAUGACGAAAUCGGAGCUAGGGUUUCGGAUAAUUACAUGGCCAUGAUUCGAGCUAUGGAGAGGCCUUUGAAGGAUCGCGAGACCAUGCUUGAGUGUCGAAAUCGGAACUUUUAUGUGGUUCUAACUGCGGCGACGAAGCGCGAUGAGGAGAGGCAGCGAUUAGAGUCGCAGCAGAGGAAGGACGGGUUGGUUGCGAAGAAUAGGCUGAUGCGGGGUGAUGAGAGAGGGUUUGGGGAUGAAAUGGGGUAUGAUUCGACUCCGAAACCUAAAAUGCUCAUGAAGGGAAGCAAAAUUGGGGAGGGUGUGCCGAUUAUUUUGGUGCCUAGUGCGUUUCAGACUCUGAUUACGAUAUACAAUGUGAAGGAAUUUUUGGAGGAUGGAGUGUUUAUACCGACUGAUGUGAAGGUGAAGCAGAUGAAGGGGCCGAAGCCGGAAUGUGUUACGGUGCAGAAGAAGUUCAGUAGGGAUCGCCUGGUGACUGCUUACGAGGUGAGAGAUAAGCCAUCGGUGUUGAAGGCUGAGGAUUGGGAUCGCGUGGUGGCCGUUUUUGUUUUGGGGAAGGAGUGGCAGUUCAAGGACUGGCCUUUCAAGGACCAUGUUGAAAUUUUCAACAAAAUUCUCGGUUUUUUCAUGCGUUUUGAGGAUGAUAGCGUGGAGUCAGCAAAGAAUGUCAAGCAAUGGAAUGUGAAAAUUAUAUCGUCCAACUCCACGUGUAGAUUAGCAAGAACAAGCGGCACCAGGAUAGAGCUGCAGCGCUUGAGGUGUGGGACCGAUUGGAAGAAUUCAUGCGCUCACGGUCACGUGGUUGAGCAGAAGGUGAAAAGAGAGACUGGCUAUAACCGUUUUAACUGAUGUGAUGUGGGCAGACAGAUUUGAACAGUGAAAGGAUGCUGUACUCAUAGUAAAGAGAUGUUUAAAGUUGGUCAUUUGAGGUUUUUUCAUUGAGCAAAAGAGUCAUAGGUCUGUCUUGGAUGCAGAUUUUAUUUUGGACUAAUUUUAUUCAUGUAUUAUUUUACUUAGUUUGGGACACAUCCUGUAUCAGCACAAUGUCUGUAUUCAGGAUUCCUAUCUUCCUUGUUUUCUCAGUGUACAAAUGUAUGUUUAUGAUAGAAUUUUCAUAAUUCUUCA